UUUGUGAGUGGUUGGGUGUAAGUGAAACUGAUCAAAGCGCCACGGCUGGUGUUCUUGGCUCCCGGGCGAAACCUGCCGCAUCGGGGGCCAAAAAGAGUCGGCCGGGGAAGGGAGACAAGAGAGGGAGAAGGGAGGGCCACCUCCAACCAACCAGCCAAGGAAAUGCCGCCGAGCCUCUGAAGGAGAAGAAGAGCCUCUGAAGAAGGAGACGGCGACGGGUUUGGUGUUGGGAGAUCUAACUUUGCAGAAUCGGUGCCGCCUCUGCGGGAUCCUCAGGGAGCUCCGCGUACUCCCCUCUGCUCCAUCCCACAUCAAGGAUGCAAUAAACCCCGCUUUCAAAACAAAAAGCCACGCCGCCACAUGCCGGAAAGAGAAGGUCCGAAGGGGAGAAAAAAACUCGAAGCCGCCAACAGCCCGUUCCCCGAUCCCGCAACCAUGAAGAGCAGCUGGAGCCGAAGUUUCUUCUCUGCGCUGGUUUUCCUCCUGUGGAGCCUCCGGUCGGCGGCUUCUCAAGCAGUUUGUGCGGGCACCCUAAAUGGACUCAGCUUCACUGGGGACACCCAGCAACGCUACCAGACGCUAUACAAAAUGUACAACAACUGUGAAAUUGUCAUGGGUAAUCUCGAGAUUGUGCUCAUUGAAAAGAAUCCGGACCUCUCCUUCCUUCAGACUAUCCGAGAAGUGACUGGCUAUGUUUUGGUCGCUAUGAAUUACUUUACAUACUUGCCGCUGCAGAAUCUGCGCAUGAUCCGAGGGACCCAGUACUAUGAAGACAAGUAUGCACUCUACAUUCUCCUCAACUAUGAAAACAAUGUCACACAUGCCCUGCACCAGCUGGGCUUCAACCAGCUUACAGAAAUCCUGUCUGGGGACGUCUACAUUGGGAGAAACAAACAGUUAUGUCACGUGAAGACUAUUGACUGGGACGACAUCAUCCGGGAAUCCAAAUUCCAGGCUGUGGUCCAUGACAAUGGAGAAAAUUGUCCUCCAUGCCAUGAGAACUGCAAUGGGCACUGCUGGGGUCCCGGUCCUGAAGACUGUCAAAAGCUGACCAAGACCAUCUGUGCUCCUCAGUGCAAUGGACGCUGUUUUGGCCCCAACCCCAAUGAAUGUUGCCAUGACGAGUGUGCAGCAGGAUGCACUGGCCCUCUCAAGACAGAAUGUUUUGCCUGCCGGCAUUUCAAUGACAGUGGGGCAUGUGAGACGCGCUGCCCCCCACCGUUGAUCUACAAUAAGCUCACCUUCCAGCUGGAGCCCAACCCUGAUACCAAAUAUCAAUACGGUGGCAUCUGUGUCAAAAACUGCCCAUAUAAUUUUGUGGUGGAUCGGAGUUCGUGCGUCCGGACCUGCCCUAAUAAUAAAAUGGAGGUCGAAAAAAAUGGCCAGAAGAUAUGCCAGCUCUGUGAGGGACUCUGCCCAAAAGCUUGUGAAGGGACUGGAAUCGGGAGCAAAUACCAAACUGUGGAUUCCAGCAAUAUUCACCACUUUAUCAACUGCACCAAAAUCUUGGGCAACUUAGACUUCCUUAUCACUGGUCUGGAAGGAGACCCAUGGCACAAUAUAAGUGCUCUGGACCCAGAAAAACUCAACAUCUUCCAGACAGUACGAGAGAUCACAGGUUACCUGAACAUCCAAUCUUGGCCCAAACACAUGCACAACUUCAGUGUCUUCUCCAACCUGGCCACUAUUGGUGGACGCAGCCUUUACAACCGUGGUUUUUCACUGCUGAUCAUGAAGAACAUGAAUGUGACCUCUUUGGACUUCCGCUCACUUCAGGAGAUCAGUGCCGGCAAGGUCUACAUCACUGAGAACCGGCAACUGUGCUAUUACAACACCAUCAACUGGGAACGCCUUUCACGCCGACGUUCGGACCUUGAUAUCAAGAGCAACAAACCCGCCAGGAAGUGCACCCAAGAGGGGAAAGUCUGUGAUCCUCUUUGUUCCCGUGACGGCUGUUGGGGGCCCGGGCCGGACCAGUGUGUCUUCUGCCGCAACUACAGUCGCGAGGGGACCUGUGUGGAGUCCUGCAGCUUUUAUGAGGGGGAGGUUCGAGAGUUUGUACAAGGAGGUGCAUGUUUCCCGUGCCAUCCCCAGUGCCAGAAAAUAGAGGGAGGUCUCACCUGCAAUGAAUCGGGUGCUGAUGGCUGCACCAGUUGUGCGAACUACAAGGAUGGGCCCCACUGUGUAGAGAGCUGCCCUGAAGGUAUCCUAGGCGAGAAGGGCCUUAUCUUCAAGUUCCCGGAUGCCAACAAGGAGUGUCGGCCAUGUCACGAGAACUGCACACAGGGGUGCAGUGGUCCACGGAUUGAAGAUUGCUUCAUGGAGGAAUUGCCUGUUGCCAGGAAAGCCCCAGUAGUCAUCGCCGUGCUGGUGGUGGGCUGCCUCUUCGUUUUCUGUUCCUGUGUCUUGCUCACCUUCUUGUACUGGCGUGGGAAGAAGAUUCAGAAGAAAAGAGCCAUGCGCAGAUAUCUGGAGAGAGGAGAGAGUCUGGAGCCCCUGGAUCCCAGCGAGAAAGCCAAUAAGGUCUUGGCUCGGAUCUUCAAGGAGACAGAGUUAAAGAAGCUGAAAGUCAUAGGAUCAGGAGUCUUUGGCACAGUUCACAAAGGUGUCUGGAUUCCAGAAGGAGACUCCAUCAAGAUACCUGUGAGCAUCAAAGUUAUCCAGGACCCCAGUGGCCGGCAGACCUUCCAUGCUGUGACUGAUCACAUGUUGGCAAUUGGCAGCCUGGAUCAUGCUUAUAUUGUCCGUCUCCUGGGCAUCUGUACUGGCACCCAGCUGCAACUUGUGACCCAGCUCCUUCCACUUGGCUCGCUGCUGGAGUAUGUCCACAAAAACAAGGAUGCAAUUGGUCCCCAGCUGAUGCUCAACUGGUGUGUGCAGAUUGCCAAGGGCAUGUACUACCUGGAGGAGCACCGCAUGGUUCACCGCAAUCUUGCUGCCCGCAAUGUUUUGGUAAAGUCCCCCAGCCAGGUACAGGUGGCAGAUUUUGGCAUUGCUGACCUGCUCUAUCCAGAUGACAAGAAAUAUUUCUACAAUGAGAUUAAGACACCAAUAAAAUGGAUGGCUCUGGAGAGCAUACACUUUGGAAAAUAUACACACCAAAGUGAUGUUUGGAGUUAUGGAGUGACAUUGUGGGAGAUGAUGACCUUUGGAGGUGAACCGUAUGCCGGAAUCCACCUGUCUGAAGUGCCUGACCUUCUGGAGAAAGGAGAACGUCUCUCACAGCCCCAGAUCUGUACCAUUGAUGUCUACAUGGUGAUGGUUAAAUGCUGGAUGAUUGAUGAGAAUAUUCGCCCCACUUUCAAAGAGUUAGCCAACGAGUUCACACGUAUGGCCCGUGAUCCCCCUCGCUAUCUGGUGAUUAAGAGAGAGAGUGGGACACUUCCCCAGUUUGAGCCACCUACACUCAGUGAAAAGGAGCUGGAUGAGAUGGAGACCCUGGAGAUGGAGACCGAGGAGGAGGAACUCAAUAACCUCUUUGCCUCCAGGCAGUGGGUCGACUCUCCUCGGAGUCCUAAUCUUCUGAAUCCUUCUGCUGGCUACAUCCCUAUGAAUCAGAGCAGCCUCCCUGGAAGUCGUCAGAGCGCCGGGCUGGGCUCUCGGCAGACUUUGCGCACAAGGCAGGAGUCGACAGGCCGCACGGUGUCGGAGUCCUCAGAGGGACGGGGCACGGCCUCGGAGUAUGACCUCACAGAGGACCUGUCCUUGUCUGGGAGCCUGUGUCGCAGCCUGCGCUCCCGAGGAGACAGCGCCUACCUGUCUCAGCGCGAGAGCCUGAUGCUCCCCGUUGGAAGUGCUGAUGGAGAAGAGGAUGCCAAUGGCUAUGUCAUGCCAGACCGAAAUGGCAGAGAGCGAGCUGCUGGCAUGGCUGCCUCCCUAGUCCAUGGGCCUGUGCAUGAAGUAGAGGAAGAGUACGAGUAUAUGAACCGGCGGCCCCUCAAGAGGAUGGCCCCGCAGCCCCGGCCGGCCUCUUUAGAGGAGCUCGGCUAUGAGUACAUGGAGCUGGGCUCAGAACUGAGUGCGUCUUUGGGCAGUGUGCCCAGCUCCCAACUCACCACGCCCUGUCGGGAGGAGGAGGAGGAAGAUGAAGAAGAGGACUACGAGUACAUGAACAAGCAGCCCAAGCUCAGCAAGUCCCUGAGCAGCAUCCGCAGUUCUCGUGGGGACUAUACUGACAUGGACUCUGGCAUCACGCAGGGCUCCCCGGACGAGCAGGGGUACGAGGAAAUGGAUGCCAUCUUGCCUCCAGUUCAGUGCCCAGGCUGCCAGAGCCCACCCUGCCCUAAAAAUGGGUUUGUGAAGCCCUUGCGCACCCUUGAAGCCUCAGACUGUGCUUUUGACAACCCUGAUUAUUGGCACAGCCGGCUGUUCAGCAAGGCAGAUGUGCAGAGGACAUAGCCGAGGCUGGGUGUGUUUUCUGUCCAUUUGUGAGGGAAACAAACCCUAACCCUGGUUCUUUGGCUGCCGACAUACCUGCACUAAUCGUCAAAAGGGGAUGUUCCACAAGACUACUGAAGCUUGAGGACUUUGGCCAUAAUGGGCAACUUCAGCCAACUCUGAGGCCUCCUAAGGAUGCAGUGUGGCUCAGCUACCUGACGCCAUAAUCUGAUGAGCCACGGCUCUUUGUUCCACACCUCUUUGCUCUGGAAGUCGAAGGGAAUCAGAGCCUUAUGGAGGCACUCAGUCUAAACUAUGGAACCCUUUCUGAUACAAACAGAGAGAAGGCCCACCAUGGUGAAAUGAGACAUUCACAUGUAGGAAGAAACUAGCUGACUGCUUCUGUGGCCUUAAAUUCCUGGGGCUGACAUUCUCCUCAGGAAGCAGCUCUGGUUUAGAAAGUCAGCUAGAGUCUUUCUGGUGCUGACCCAGUGAGGUCUUGUGUGGAGAGACUCCUCUUGGGCAGAGCCCUCAUCAACAGCCGAGGCCUAAUGGGGGCUGUUGUAGUCAGUGUAAAGAAAACCCUCUGCCUGUGCUGAGCCUUGCCAUUGGCCAUAAGACUGAAGGAAGGCUACCUGGAGAAAAAAUGGCGUCCUUGCUUGUCAUGCCCUGUCCCUACCAAACGUGCUGAAGAGGAGAAGAGGAUUAGUUUUCGGGGUGGAUAUGAAGGAUCAUAACAUUUUGCUUUUUUGUAGAGCCCAACACGGCCUCACUUAGGGAGACAGUACACCUGAGUUUGAACCUGAGAUAAGAUUUGGGUGGUUUGGAUCCUACCUCUCAAUAAGCCACUGAGUUUGAAAAAGAUAAAGCCCAGGGCUCCUGGAUUCUGCCUUCAACUAUGAGUAAUGUUUGCACAUACCAUUAGCAAACCGUGUGCCUUACAAGUUUCCAUAUCAGGAUGUGGAGAUACUUUGGAGGAGAGAGUGGCCAGGACACAAAGCCUGAACAUGCUGGAGACUUGGACUUCCUUCCUCAGGCGUUUGUGAAUAGGCAGCUUAAAGUCACACACACACACACUCUGCCUCUGCCGAUCGUGGAAGAUCUGGAAGUAAAUGCCAGCGUCCCAGAACAAGGAGCAACAGAGAGAUACCACAGUCUCUUUUGGAGACGGAAGUAACUGUCCUCUCAUCCCUUGGCAGAAAGGGGUUGGAGGCAAAGCCCUUUUGGAAAAACUUCGUUUUCCAUAUUGCCUUCCCUAGUGAAAAGAAAUGUGGGAUAUUUCCCAAGGUGAAGGCCAAGUAAAGAGAACAGCAAUAACGUAGUCUGGUGAACAACUGAAGGGAGCCGUGGUUCUCACUUUGUUGAUCUUUGCUGUUCAAGAGACUGCAAAGUCACAUUAGGGACCUUAAUAGUGUUACUCUUGAUUCUUUUGAAUCAGGCUCUUUUACACAAGAGUAUAGUUUGGGAACAAAUUUCUCCCUUCCAUCACCACCGCCCCACCUUACCCUGAAGGCCAGUCAUGUUGUAAGUAACCCUGACUUUGUUUCCACAUGUUCUGCAUUGCAUCAUACCAAGGAAUAUUUAGCAAAGGGGGAGAAAUCAAACCUGAUCAGGGAGAGAUGAAUACUGCAGGGGAGGACUCUGCAUUUGAUCUUAGGCUCUUGCUUGCAUCCUCCAAAUGGUGUCUACAGUGUGGUUUGAACAGUACGUCCCUCCCUUACGUAGCCAGUCACCAUUUUAGAUUAGCACAAAACCAGUAUCGCGAAACACAGUUAGGGUUUUUGUCAGUUAUCCUCAGAGUCUCCUGCCCCACCCAUGUUGAUGUCUAGGCUUCCCUUUGAAUACAGUAUAUGAUUGAACGUUAAAGCCAAGAUUUUUUAAUGCACCUUUUAUACUGUUAUGUAAUCAAUGGGUUGAUGAAGUGCUUAGCAGGAAUCAGAAUGUGUGAACACCGUAGCUAGUUUUCAUCCUUUUGUUGUCCUUUCGAGUCCAAACCGAUGGUAGUGGCAAUGUGAAAGACUAAGUGAUAUAUGGAAGAAAACUUCACUCUCAAGAGCUGCCUCAGAUCACACAUUUCUCAGGUUUUCAACAGUGAAUUAAAAGUAGAAGCUCCUUUAAACUAAACACUGAAAUUCACCAGAUUCUGAAGGGGGUCACCUCAUUUUACCUUUCCUGUUUUCAGGCUCUGUGCUUAUAAGAUACAGUACAGUAUUGUCUUCCAGUGAACGUUGCUUUCUUCCUUCCCAGUGUGGGAAACACCAGAAGCCCCUCAAAUUAGCUCUCUGCCAGGAUCAGGAUUUUAUAGGGUGUGGUUGAUUCACAGAGUUGAAAAGCAGCUAUAAGUUCUCCUGGCAGCAGCCCUGGCACCUGAGUUAAGCAGAACACCAACCUAAGGAUUGCUGGUUGAUUAGAGAGAAAACCUCUACUGCCCCCUACUUCUGAGUUAUUAAGAUUGUUACUGUUUAUCUUGGCUCCUGGAGAGGCAAAAUCAUUGAAAUGUCAGUGAAGAAGGAAAGUACACGAGACUAACCACUUUUUAUCUUUUUGCCAUAUUGUUGGAUAUAUAUGACUGAAGAACUGCAGCAUUUUCUUUUGCAAAAGUAUCUGAUCCGUCUAUAGUCUCUUCCAAAGUAUACAUUGGUUUAAUUAGGCCAACCGUAUAGAUACAAAAAUGUGUGCAAGCUUUAGAGAUUGUGUUCAGUGGGAGUCAGAUCAGAAUUGUGCGAUAUGGUAAGAAAAAUAAUUCUUUGUUUAUUUUUAGAAGCAGAAAAUGUAUUAAACAAAUAAACCCACUUUUCUACAAACCAGCCAACCAAAUUUAUGCCACAUCUAAAUUGGACAGGGCUUCUGUACCUGCACGGGUUGUGGGGAAGUUACAGGUUUACCAGCUCCUCCUCCUCCUCCUUCCACUGUAGCUCUUAGGGGGUCACGUACACCGAAGCGCUAUUCAUUGCAACUUUUACAGCCCCAUCCUGUGCAUGGCUAUGAAACAAAAAUGGCUUUAUUUACAGAUAAAUGUGCAUACGCUUGCACUUUUAGAGACAAAAUGGUCUCGUGAAGACUGGACUUGGCCAUAUGUAGCCUAACAAAUGGUAUACAGUAAAGCAACAGGAAGAAAAGGAAUCAAUUUUCCUCUGUAACUCAGUAUUUUUACUGUGGAAGUGUUUGGUUUUAAAGAGUUUGGCAACAAGGAAAUAAUUUUGAGCCAGAGUUUAGUUGAGGAUGCAUGAAAGAAAAAUCAGGAUUAAAACAGGUAGGUCUAUGAUGAUAUGAUGAUGGGCUGGAGGUUUUCUAGCCCCUGCAUACAUCCCAAGUACUGUUGUCCCUCUCUUUAGUUAGACAGCUGUGGUAUAAGUGAAUAGACUAUGGCAACCAAAAUAAGAACUGUCCAGACAAUUAAACUGAGAUACCACUUUUUUAAAAAAUACCAAUUGCUAUAUACAUGACAAACAAGAAGCAAACACACUGGAAGGUGAUUCUUUGGCUUUUUUAAAAUGUGUGUCUUUGCAAUGUUAGGGUCCUUAUGCCUCUUUGAACAUGUUUCUCAAAGCUGGAUGGGUAUAUGGUCUGUCAUUAAAAAUAAUGUUUAAUUUUUGUUUUUCAUUGCCGUGCUUGGAAACUGGUGAAAUGAAGGUAUUUCUCUGUAACAAAUUGGAACUGGAAGGAAUCCAAAUGUUUACACACUUUGAAUUGCUUUGUACAAUGUCCUAGCCUCAGUGUAACAAGGGAUAAUAAUGGUGUUUCUUUUGUUUUGUUUUUUGAAAGAAGAAUAAUAUACCUCUGUUGUUCUGAGCUGGACAAUGGGAUACUUCUGUGCCAAGGCAUUAGCAAAUGGGAAAGAUGGCAGUGGGCCCUGAAUAUAUAAGGACAUAACAAUCAAAUGGGUUGAGUUUCAUUUUAUAUUUUUCUUCCUUGUCAAACAGAUUAUUGUUAUGAAAGUUAGAUUAAUCUUGCAACAAAUGCUUACAGAAAAGGCAUGAGAUUUCUGCCUUUCUUCUAGCUCAGUUCCUGUGCCUUUAAUAGCAGCCUUCUAGGCAAUCCUGUACAUGCCUACUCAGAAGUAGGAUCCAUUGAUAAUUAUAUAAAAGGUUGCAAUCAAAGUGGUGGACAAGAUUUACAUGCUUAAUUCAUGCACGUUAGCCUCUUACCAAAAACUGAGCAGGGCCAAUAAAAGCAAAUGGAAUUAUCAAGCUUUUUAGACAAAAUAAAAUAAAAUACUAUGAUAGAAUAUUUUGGUAUAAAUUGUAAAUAUGUAAAUGCCUGUAUUUUAUUGUACUGACUUUGGUGCUAAAGAAACCUAUACAAGACUUUGAACAACAGCAUCAGACCAAUUUUUUUUUGUUUGAAAAAAACUAUUGUGCUCAUUCAGGGAUCAGCUCUGUAGCAGAACCUUGAGUUACUUCUCCUGUAACUGCUUCAAAGGUUUAAACUUUAAGCGACAUUUUUACCACACUUCAAUGUGAUUGCCUAAGAAGGCAGGAGAGUAAUUUUCUUUUUAAUACACAUGGUCUUCUGUCAAGUGAAAAGAAAGUCCAGCCUUUUGAUGACCCUUGGUUCAUUACACAAUGUCAUUGGCUGUGUUUUCUUAGUCCCAGGCAUUGCAUUUUGUUAAGGAACUGACUGGAACGGUCAUUAGAAUUUUAUAGAGUCACCAGCUCUUCCAGAACUGUCGUUCCUAUGGCUCCCUCUAAGUACCAAUGACAAUUAAACCAGUUUUAAGUUUAUAGUGGGGAUAUGCUGCUCACCAACUUGUCAACUCAUUGCCUUCAGCUUUCUGAGGGCAUUUUCCUGCAAGACUGUGUGAGCAGAGGUAUGAUUUCUGGGCAGGAAGGCAGUCACAGUAUUCACGUUUGCUCCUUGGAGAGCAAGUACGAGACACAAGCCACCUUUAAAGAUCUGUCCAUACAGUGCUUUCUGACAGAGGUACUUUGAUGAGUCAAAGGCCUUAAAUUGAUGUGUGCGUGCGUUUGUCUUUGUCUUUGUCUUGAAUACAAAAUAAAAACUGAUAAUGAUAAACUGCA